UCAAUAUAAUUUAAAUGAUUAUACGUUUAAAUAUCCCGUUAGUUGGAUCUCGAAAAAUGAUUUGCAUUCGGUAAAAGGAUUUGAAAAUGAUUUUGUGAGAUGGGGAAAGGAAAUGAAAUUCAUUAAUAAUGAUAAAGAAGAAAUGACAAUUCGUGAAAUGUCUCUUGAUAAAUAUGUUGAUGAUCUUGAUGUAGAAGGAUGUGAUGAUAUUUUGUUAUCUGAGAAAAAAUUUUCAAAGCUUUUUACUACACGUGGAAGAUAUGAUGAAAAAUUAUUGGACGAAUAUGAUGGUGCUUUUAAUGAUCCUAAAGUUUUAAUAAAAGAUAUUAAAGAUAUGAAUGAUCCUAUCUGUAUUGCUUGGUUGCAAUUAUGUGAUGAAUUAGAGAAUGAACGAAGUAAAGAAUUUGUUAAAAGAUUAAUGAAUGAGAUGAAAUUUUGGAUUUUCGCAUCUUUAAAAGAAAAGAAUGCUGUGAUUGAUUACAGAAAUACAAAAAAACAUAUAUCUUUUCAUGAUUAUAUGGAAAUACGUAAAUAUGGUAUAGGGAUGAUUCCGACUUCUUCACUUAUAGAAAAUAUUAUUGAUUAUGAGAUUGAUCCUGAUUUUUUUAAACAUCCUUCUAUGAAAAGAAUUUGUUAUAUAUCUUGUAUUAUAUUCACACUAACAAAUGAUUCAUUUAGUUUUUGGAAGGAUAUUGAGAAUGAAUGGGUAAAUUCUAUAGUAGCGAUUUCACAAGAGAAAAAUAUUAGUUAUGAAGAAGCUAGUAAAAAAAUUGUUGAUUAUCAUAACGAGAUAGUAAAAGAAUUUGAUACGAUAGUUGAAACAUUGGAUGUAUCUGAUGAUAUUAAAAAAUAUAUACAACAUUUAAGAGUAGUACUUAGGGGAUUUGCUGAAUUUGGAUUAAGAUCUAAGAGGUAUAUUAAAGAUAGAGAUAUUAACGUUAAAAAUUUUGAUAAUCCUAAAAAUAAAUCUUAUUACUUACGUAUUGAAUAUAUCCAAGAUAAAAGAAAACAUGUAAUCGAGAAAUAUCACAAGAAAAAAGAAAAUCUUGAGAAAAUAUUAGAAGAGUAUAAAUCAGAUUUUAAAAAGUACAAUGAUGGAAUUGAUGAGAAUAAGAAAAAAAAGAAAGAGAUUGAAAAGAUGCUAUUGAUUCAAAAUAAUAGUUUUAUUGUAGAUUACGAUAUUUUAAAAAGGUUAAAAGAUAUAGAUAAAAGGAAAAAACAAUUAAAAUACAUGUUUACUGAAGAAUUAUCAAAAGAAAAUCAAAAUUAUAUCGAUACAUAUGUAUCAAAAAGAGAAGAUAUUGAUACUAAUGAUCAACUUUUUGUAAGAGAAUUGAUUUGGAAUAAGGGAAAUAAUAUAUUUAGAUAUUCUUCGAUGAUAAAGUUAAUAGAUGUUUAUCAUAUUUAUCGAUAUUUGUUUCGAGAUGUACACGCUACUAGAAUUUUUAUAAAUUUAUUAUAUGAUAAUAAUGAAAAAAUAUAUUUGUAUUUGAAUGAUUUAAUUACUAAAAAAGAUGGAGGAAGUAUAGUUUGUGAUUUAAAUUCUGAUAUGUUUAUACAAUAUUAUUUCGAUAAUGAUUUUUCAAUAUUUCCCUUGAAUUGUAUUCGAGAAAAUUGUAAAAUUGAUAAUAAUGAUGGUAAUAUAACGGUUUAUUGUGGUAGUUUAUGGGAUUUAUUAAAUGCAUACAAACAUGAUAUUUAUGAAGAGUCAGAUAUUCCAUAUAGUUGGAAUGAUCAUGUUCCGUAUGCUAUAUUCGAAUCCAGGGAGAAAUAUUAUCGUGAAUCUUCAGAUUAUAAUCGAUAUUGUGAAUAUUACGAGAAAAUAUAUCAUAGUGUAUUGGAAAUAAUGGAUAAUUCUAUUUUGGAUACGGAUAAAGUUGUAAAAACUUUAGGUAUUUCAAAAAAUUUAGAAAAUAUGAUUGAUGAAUUUUGGACUGAUGGUAGUUAUUUUAAUUAUGAAAUAAAGCGAUCUAGUAUUAGAGUAUUUUUUGGUAAUAACGAUCCAAGAAAUUUAUCCGAACGGUUACAUAAAGAUCAUAACGAUGCUAAUCGAGCUGAGAUAUGUGCAGUUAUCUGGGCUCUUGAAAUAUGUGAAGAUAUAAAGACUUUAGAAGUUAUUACAGACAGUGGGUGUGUUAUGGGUAUUGUUACUGGACGUGAUAAAAAAUGUAAAAAACAUAUUGAAUUAAAAAGAAGAUUAAAAUUUUUGAUUAAUAAUCGAAAAGGAGUUAUAAAAUUUACCGAGGUUAAAAGUUUUAGUGUUUAUGGUAAUAAACAAGCAGAUCGUUUAGCUAAGAAUGGAGCAUAUAAAAAUUUUGAAGGAUGA